AUGCGCUUUUCCAGCCUAGCCAUCAUCUUUCAAAGCGCAAGCAUCUUCGUCACGACUCUGGCUGGGACCAGUGUAAAUCACAUAGAUGAGAAUAGAAAAUCAUUUUUUUGUAAUGGAGUCCUUAUUGAGUACAAUCAAUUAGCACAACAACGAACACUAUUACAGAGAAUAGCAGGCAUGACUAACCCAAAUGGCUUGUUUCAAAUAUUUCUCGAAAAAUGA